AUGGAUCAUAUGAUGGCAGAACACGACAUGAGUGGGCAUGAUAUGAUGGCUUCAAAUCAUCGCUGUCAGAUGAGCAUGCUAUUCACCUGGAAUACCGAGAACCUUUGCUUGGUUUUCCGCUGGUGGCACGUCUCGAAUACCUUUACUUUAAUUCUCUCCCUUCUCGGUGUGGUUGCGCUCUCAGCCGGAUAUGAGUUUGUCCGCGAGAUCUCUCGUCGUUAUGAGGCACGCGUUGACGCCGAAAACGCGAGUCUUAGCACAUCUGAUGAAUCGAGCUCAUUGCUACCAGGGAGGAAUAUAACAUCUGCAUCUAAGAGAGGUCAUAUUGGAAAAGCGAUUUUUUACGGUAUUCAGGUUUUUUAUUCGUUUUUCAUAAUGCUUUUAUUUAUGACUUACAACGGAUGGGUGAUGAUCGCAGUGGCUGUGGGAGCUUCACUGGGAUACACUAUCUGGGGCGGUGCCUCGGCCACAAAGUCUGUUGCGUGCCAUUAG